UUUGCUUCAACUGCAUGAAGCCCGGCCAUUUCUUCAGUGCAUGCCCCGAACCCCCGAGACAGCAGGCCCAGCAGCAGCAGCUUCCUCCUCCACCUUACCAGCAGCACCAGCAGCAGCACAGGCAGCCCCCCCCACACCAGCAGCGUACUAUGUCCGGCAUGAUUUCCUUAUUCGAUGUGCCUAUCUUUGCAUUAUGCGACACUGGGGCUACUCAUUCCUUUAUCUCGUCUCGAUGCCUUGAGGCACUUUCUAUUAGCAAUGUGUGCAACUAUGACCCUCUCGAGGUUAGUCUAGCCUCGGGAAAGAUUAUUAUUUCCGAUUCUAUGAUUUCCCGUCUUCCAGUCAAUAUUGGUGGGCGUGUUUUGGAGGCCGAUUGCUAUGUUAUUGAAAUGCGAGACUUCGAUGUGAUCUUAGGCAUGGACUGGCUCACUUGUUAUCGAGCCGACAUCCGGUGCCAGGAGCGUGAAGUCACUCUAUUCCCCGUUUCCGAUCAGCCUGUUAUUUUCUAUGGGGUGAUGUCGAGGACUGUGCCUCGA